UGUUGUUGUCCAAAUACUGCGUUACUUUACAGUGGGAUGGAAAUUAGUCAUUAAAAAAAUUGUCUGGCGUACGUCGAAAUGUCUUCUAAUGUUGGUCUUGUCAGUCGCCAGUGCAGACGUACGUGCGAUCGCUACCAGUUUUUCGACCAAAAAAUCGCCGUCGAAAAGCUCACUGGCCUAGUUUUAGUUGGGGAGAAGUUAAACAACCAUCUUUCUGAAGAUACAGAUACAAAAACAACAAAUUCUCUCACAAAACACUACAUUUCAUCCCUUCAAAAGUUUGAUUGUAAUCUUUGUCAGUUGAAAAUGGAUAAUGCUGUUGACAUGCGGGAACAUUUCAAAAGUGAAUGGCAUAUUUAUAAUAUAAAUCAAUCGCUUCGUGGCUAUUGUCCAGUUGAUUUAAAUUUAUUUGAAACUUUGAAACAAGGCAAAAUAGAAAAUGUUUCAGAAAUGGUUCCAAUUAGUUCAUUGUCAUCAACUAUAGAACCACAUGUUGACACUGGUGACUGUGAUCACAAUACAUCAUCUAAUACAGUUACUGCAUCGUCACUUACUGCAUCGUCACAUAAACAAAUGUUAUUUUUUAGAAAUUAUAAUUCAGAAAUAAUUGGAAUAAAUCGCUGUGUUCUAUUUACAAGGAAGACUAUGCCAUCAACAAUGGAUGAGUUAUUGGCAUCCGUUUCACGUGUUCGACAAAGUCGCAGGUGGGCUAUUCUUCUUUAUUCUGGGGGUAAAUUCGCUGGUGGUAUUUUUGAUGGAACAAAUGAAGUUGUACAUAAAACUUUGCACAGUUACACAGUACGUGCUAAACAAGGUGGAUGUCAAUCAUCUUAUGACUCACAAUGUCGUGGUCUUGGUGGAACCAAAUCAGCUGGUGCUAAUCUUCGACGUCAUGGCGAAGCAACUAUCCGCAAUGAAAUAAGUGAUCUUUUACAUAAUAAAUGGCGUAUUCUCUUACAAUCUUGUCAGUUGAUAUUUUUAUGGUCACCUAAAAUACAUCGGGGCAUUUUUUUCAAACCACCCGCAUCAUCCUCUUCAUCAUCGGUUACAUUGAAUCAAAAUUUCAAUGAAUCACCAACAAUUGAUUAUUCUACAACAAUUAAUUCCAGUCAUCGAAUUACCUCACCGAUCAUUCCAGAUCCAUUAGCUACACAAGCAUGUGAUUGUCGUUUGGGCAUGACAAUGGAUGAUGCAAGAUUGCGUAGUAUACCUUGUCGUAGUAAACAUAUCACAUAUUUACAUGUGAAAGAAUUACACAAGGAAUUGUCAACUUUUGAUGUUUAUGAUCCUGAUGCUGAUUUGGAGUUUCUGAGUAAAUCCGGUCGAAAUCAAUGGCGUAAAUUAUCUGAGAGCGGUGAUGAAACUUUAUUAGAAACUAAAAGUGGUCGAUUAAUUUAUGGUCCACUUAGCCUAUUAGCUUCAACAGCAUCAUCAUCAUCGAGUCCUAAAAAGAAUUUAUUAUCAUCAAAUUCAGAUACUUCUGAUUUAUCAGAUUGUGUCAGUUCACAAGAAGACACUAAUGAUGAUGAUGAUGACGAGGAUGAUGACGAUAAUAAUAAUGAAGUAGAACAACAGAUUGUCAAAUCGGAAAAUAAUCCUAAAAAUAUUACAGAAGCUGUUCAGGAGACAAAAUCAAACAGUCAAUGUUCAUUGCUUUCAAUUCCCAACGGUUCUGAAUCAAAUGAUGUCAAAGAAAUGAUUGAUAAUUUUGAAGAUUUAUAUCUCACUUAUCAAAGUUGGCAUAGACGUUUAUGUGUGGCGAUUGCUUCUGGAGAUUUGAUUACAUUACGCUCUCUAUUACCAGUCGUGCGUAUAUGCAGUGUAAAUCAAAGUGAUAAUUUCAAUGAAUUGGAGAAAACAGGUCAUCAUAAUUCGACGGUUUCUGCGAAUACUACUACUACUACUACUGUUGAGUCUACUUCACCUGGAUCAUCAUCAUCAUCAUCAUCAACUGUACCACCAUCUCAUGUUUGUUCAAAACUAAUUAAUCAUCCAUUGACUGAUGGACGAAGACUUUUACAUGUAGCUGUUGAAUUUCAAAGUGAUCCUGAAUUAAUUCUUUUCUUACUUGAAUGUGGAUGUGAUCCAGCGGUUAGUGAUAACGAUGGUAUGACUCCUUUUCAAUUAGCUACACGAUUGCAUAAGAAAUCAAUCACGAAAGUGUUUCGACGUUUUCGAUUUCAUUAUCCAAAUCUUUAUGAUUAUGAGAAAGCACAAAUACCUAAUGCAUUAGAUCCAUCCGAAGAAGCUGCCAAAGUUGAACGUGAUCGUGAACGUGCCAAACGACAAAAACAACGUCAAAAAGAAAAACGUGCUGCUGAACGUGCAACAAUUGAGCGACAAAAAAGAGAUGCCGAUGAACAAACUCGAUUUUUAACUUUAUCCGAUCGUGAAAAGCGUGUUGUCGCUAAUUCAGCAGGUCGUUUGGUUUCAGCUGGUGAACCAUUCAUAAUAUUCAGACGUUGUUUUCAAUGUGGUUGUGAUAUAAGCAAUCAAGUUCCAUUCGGUUAUUUGGAUUAUAGUUUUUGUACACCGAAAUGUUUAAGAGAACAUCGUUUCAAGUCAAUGAGUGAGCAGCGGUAGUAGUAGUAGUAGUGACACAAUGCCUACAACUGGAACAAUCUCGUUCCUUACGAUAAUAAUUUACGAAUAAACCAAUCCAUUUACCAACCAAAAAAACGAACAAUUAUUUUC